AUGUUGCAGAACUUCAAGGCUCCACAGCAAGCAGAAAUCUGGAUGAAAAGCAAUCAUAUCGCUGAGACAAGUGAAUUCUCGAGCGCGGCGCUACAAUUGAUGAUGGAGUUCCCGUCCCUCUCCUUCCCAAUUCUUUUCACAUUCCUGCUCUUUCUGUUCAUGGUAUUGAAAAUAGUAUCUAAAACCAAGACCAGUUCAACUCCAAAACUGCCUCCUGGGCCAUGGAAGCUACCUAUAAUAGGAAACAUUCACCAAUUUGUUGGAUCUCUACCCCAUCGCUGCCUAAGAGAUUUGGCCAUGAAACAUGGACCUCUGAUGUACCUGCGACUUGGACAAGUUUCUAUCGCUGUCAUUUCUUCGGUAGAGAUUGCGAAAGAGGUGAUGAAAACACAUGACAUAAUCUUUGCUAGCAGGCCUUUUAAUCUUGCUCUUUUAAGUGCCAAACGUGUCCAAUCAUUCCGACCCAUCAGGGAAGAAGAGACAACAAAUUUCAUCAAAUCCAUUUCGAUGCAUUCAGGAUCUCUGAUGAAUCUCAGUGAAAAGCUUUCCUCGUUGACAUGCGGCAUCAUUGCAAAGGCGGCCAUUGGUUCGACAGUCCAUGGGCAAGAAGAAUUCAUAGCACUUAUCAAGGAAACCAUAGAGAAAACAGGAGGUUUCAAUGUUGCUGAUCUCUUUCCUUCAAUUAAAAUGCUUGCUUGGAUAAGUGGGCUGAAGCCUAGACUCGAGAAGAUGCAUUAA